AUGCCUCACUUCGAAGAGCCGGCACCUGCCUAUUCCUCAUCGUCCUUCUAUAACGAAUACUCACGACCUGAAAUGUCUAAAUCAUUUUUUGGCUCCUUCAAAGAUAAGCUGUCCCGCAAGUCGACUUCGUCUUCCCAGCAGUCAAGGCACGCCACGCAGUCCAACAUGACCCGAAGCAACAACCCUUUCGCCGGCCUUUCGCCAACUAAGCAACCCAACUGUGAGUCCUGGCCCAGCGUUACAGUGACUUCCCCGACGCCGACCAGUAAUUCUCACUAUCCUCCAGCCCCCUUGCAAGCCCCUCCCGCCUACACUGCGACGGCGCCACCUCAGUCCGGCGACAACUACCUGGCGGCACUAAGUAGCCCGGCUAGAAGUCCAUCACCGGCCCCAUCCAACGCCGGUUCCGUCAUCUCUGCCUCCGGUAUAUCAGUCUCCACGCCGGAGGACCGCUACGCCUUCUUGUCGUCCUUCGACACCAUUUUCGUUGUUGACGAUUCGGGUUCGAUGUCCGGCCGAUCUUGGCCCGAGGUGGAGAACGUCCUCCACGCGAUUACUCCUAUCUGCACGUCCCAUGAUGAUGACGGCGUCGACCUGUACUUUCUCAACCACAAGACGCCAGACAGCGGCAACAUCAAAACUGGGAAAGCCAGCGGCGGCUACUACGGUAUCCGCCGCGCCGAGACAGUCCAUGAGAUAUUCACCACGGUCCGUCCCAGAGGCGGCACACCCACUGGUCAGCGCCUCCACUCCAUCCUACGGCCUCACCUGCAGCUCCUUGAGCAGAGCAAGGGCGACUUCGAGAGCGUCAAGCCGAUUAACAUCAUCGUCAUCACCGACGGUGCACCCUCGGACGAUGUUGAGUCUACUAUCAUCUCUGCGGCCAAGAAGCUCGAUAGACUCGAUGCCCCUAUGCAUCAGGUCGGCGUGCAAUUCUUUCAGGUCGGCAACGAGCCCGGCGCCCGUGAGGCGCUUCGAGAGCUCGACGAUGACCUCGGUGAUAGAGUCAGCGGCGAUCUUCGUGACAUGGUCGACACUGUCACCUGGGAACACGGUACCCAGGGCGUGCUCACAGCAGACAGCAUCCUGAAAGUGGUACUCGGCGCGGUUGUCAGACGUCUCGACCGCCGUCGUACCAGUGGCGAGAGUCGUCGCUGA